CUCUUACCCACUAAGCUACCUGCCGCCCUCUUCUUAUGAAGAUUGAAAGCAUGACAUUUACAUGACAAGGUUCAAGGAAGACAGCAAAAUGCCGUCAGACUAUGAUAAAGAUGCGUACCCGGAGCCUCCCCGCCAGACUCCCGUCGUGGACAAGCAGACGACCCUUCCCAACCCAGCCCUGAUUUUGACUAAACUCUUCUAUUAUUCCGUGGACCUCCCUGUCACCACAUUCAGAGAACUUGUGGAGGGUAUCCACUCAGGCAACAAGUACAACUACUACCAUCAGAAGUUCCGCCGUGUCCCCGAGCUGACCGAGUGCACAGAGGGAGACUACACCUGUUACUAUGAGGCUGAGAUGCAGUGGAGGAGAGAUCAUAAGGUGGACCAGGAGAUAGUGAAGGUGGUCCAGGAGCGUCUGAGGGCCUGCCAGCAGAGGGAGGGUACCAGCUACCACCAGAACUGUUCCAAGGAGCUGCAGCAGUUUGCCGACGUGGCCAAGGCCUACCAGUCACGCUAUGGGGAUCUGGGAGCCUACGCCAGCUCAAGGAAAUGUCUGAUGAAGCAGAAAGACAGGAUGAUGGCGGCCGAGGCGGAAGCUUAGACACUGCAACCCCUAAUCACUCUGUACCAAGUCUCAGUUUGGGGCGGCAGGUAGCUUAGUGGUUAAGAGCGUUGUGCCAGUAACCGAAAGGUCGCUGGUUCUAAUCCCCGAGCC